AUGCUACUAAAGCCUCUUGUUACAUUGUUAUUACUAUUUGUGAACAUUGUAUACACCCUAUCAUGGAAUUCUUUCGGAGAUGUCAAUGGUACUACUUUCUCUCCUGGGAUCAAAUUGGUUGAUUACAAACGAUCCUCGAUACAUGAAGAUGAUGCUCCUUCUAGAUCGAUUAUAAACUCAGAUACAAUCACGGAAUGGACACCUAUCUCUUCUAACUUAACUGCUGGCAGUCAGGAUUAUUUUGUUUUCUCUAUAGAUCUUUCACAAAGCAAAAUCUCAUCAACUUAUGAAAUUUUGAUCUUUUUAAGUGGUAAUAUUUGCAGUAGACCAAUGGGAAACGAUGAUAUAGAAGUGAAUGUCUCAUACAGUUUUAACGAUAGUAUUGCUUCAGAUCCUUCCACCGGCUCGAAUAGUCAAUUUGAUAGAGGUUAUUUGGCUGCCUUGGCAGUCAGUCCCAUUCAAGGUACUACGUCGAACUCAACUUCAGAAUACUCGUAUCUCUACGUUAUAAUAGAACUUUAUAACUCUACAACAGGAAAACCGUUGGACUCUAAUGCCACUGAUGUAGGGACAUGGAGAUAUAGUUUAAGUAUCUCAGAAAACGAUCUAGUAUACCAGUGGGAUUCAAGAACUUGGCUGUCAGUACUCGAUACUGACGAUUCUUCCGCUUUGCUAAGGACUGGUAAUGUAAGUUCUAUCAACAGUUUAUCACAAGCUAACACAAAUUAUUCCAUCUAUGAUCCUUCCUUGUAUGAUCUGUACAUUUACUCCUUGGAAGAUUCGGAAAAGUUCAAUGGAUUCAACUUAUCCUUAUGUGCUGUUAAAAAUGGACCUUACUUGGUUCGUUCAGUUAAUGAUUCUUCAGAAAGCUCAAGUCUAACAGAAAACACUCUGGCGGUACAGAAAAGUAUUAACUCCAAAUCCGAUAGUAUAAGUGAAUACUUCUACGUUACGGGUUUGAAUAGCUCAACUACUUACGUAGCAUAUCUAAUCAAGAAAAUUUCUCAACAAGGUAGUCUUUCUGAUGUAGGGGGUGUGCUUUUUACAAAAGUUUCUUUUACUACAGCAGAUGAUGACACCUGCUCGCUGAUUUACAACCUAGACUUCUGUCCCGAUGUUUCAUACUCCGUUCCAUCAUCUUCUUUAAUAGAAGGAAACAAAACUUUAUUGGCAGAAACAUACCAAAAGAUCGCACAAGAUUUGUAUUCAAAUUUCAGUACAGCGCUACAAAUGAUUCCAUGCCAAACCGAAGAAGACGCUGCUUAUUCUCCUUUAAGAACCUGUGACGAUUGUGCAGAAGCUUAUAGGAAUUGGCUUUGUGCCGUGACUAUCCCAAGAUGUAGUACAGAGGAAUCACCAUAUUUUAUCGCAAGGAAUAAAACUGCAAAUAGGAAUGUUUAUAUUGAUGAGUACAUUAAACCUUUGAGAAGCUACUAUGAAAUUCUUCCCUGCAUCGACAUGUGUUAUAACAUUGUGAAGAACUGUCCCAGCGAUUUUGGAUUUUCUUGCCCAUCUUCAGAUAGUUAUCCUGAGUUGUUAUACUCUAGUUACAACUUUUAUAGAAAUAAUGAAUCAUACGAUACCUGUAACUUUCUGGGCAACUACACUGACCUAACUGUAUAUUCGUGA